CAGCGCUUGCGCCUUGCAAAGGACUCUGCCCCAAGCGGCAGGGACAAGGAUGGCCGGUCCCGGGACAACCUGCGGGCCUCCUUCCCGGGAGACACUCACCGCGCUAACAGGGGUGACGAGGCGGGGAUCCGGUGAGGCAGGGCCCGGCCGGGGCGGAGCCAACAUCCAAACAGCCCGGCGAAUCUGGUUCUGCCUCCAGCUUGGUAACCAGCCGGCCUAAGGCCGACCACCCCUGCGCGCUUGCGCAGUACGCAGCUGCAGGCCUUGCCUGGUUACCAAAGGAAGAUUUGGGGCGGUGCCCUAAGGCCCCGGGGCCCGCCUUUCCCGGCCCAGAUUUUUGGAAUUGUUAUUGGCCUGAGGCCUGAGAGCCUGUGGAGAGCCACCGGGUUCUUCACUUUUUAUCGUUUUGUUUUGCAAAAUGGAGUUUAAGAUAGGACUCACCGCAGGGGAUGUCGUAGGACUUAAGGACAGGUCAAGCCUCGGAACACCGAGGCCUUCUGGCCCCGAGGUCUCCUAGUGUAAAUGCCAGAUGAUGUUAUUAUACAGCAGCUCCAGGCCUCUGCCCAUUCCCCUGCCGGGUCAGAGCCUUCGGGGGACACCUAUUAUUGGUUAGCAACCUGUGAUCAACAUCUGGUCUACCCGAGGUUCAGGCCUUUGUGCUGCAACCAGGUUCGGGGCAGGGAGGCCAUGAAGGGCGCAAAAGGAUCACUACUUGUUGGUACUCUGCCAACGUUGGUAUUAACCAGACCCAUUCUUCAGGCUCGGAAAAUACUCCCAUGCCACCUGGCUGAACUUUGGCGGAGCCUUCCACGCUGAUAUGUAGGAUGUCAGCUUCAUGACAGGCAUAUCACAGUGGAGCAUGGCCAGUGUGGAGCAGCUCGAGGGCACCAUCCAGGUGCAGGGCCAGGGCCUCUUCUUCAGAGAGGCUCGACCUGGCAGUGGGCAGGCCGCUCGCUUCUCAGUACUGCUAUUACACGGCAUCCGCUUCUCCUCUGAGACCUGGCAGAAGUUGGGCACCCUGCAGAGGCUGGCUGAGGCUGGCUACAGGGCUGUGGCCAUUGACCUACCAGGUCUUGGGCGUUCCAAGGAAGCAGCAGCCCCUGCCCCUAUUGGGGAAUUGGCCCCUGGUAGCUUCCUAGCAGCUGUGGUGGAUGCCUUGGAACUGGGAACCCCAGUUGUGAUCAGUCCAUCAUUAAGUGGCAUGUAUGCACUGCCCUUCCUCGUGGCCCCUGGCUCCCAACUCCGGGGCUAUGUACCAGUGGCUCCCAUCUGCACAGACAAAAUCAAUGCUGCCGACUAUGCCAGUGUGAAGACUCCUGCUCUGAUUGUAUAUGGAGACCAGGACCCCAUGGGUUCCUCCAGCUUUCAACACCUGAAGCAGCUGCCUAACCACAGAGUGCUGGUCAUGGAAGGGGCAGGACAUCCCUGUUACCUGGACAAGCCUGCUGAGUGGCACACAGGGCUGCUGGAUUUCCUGCAGGGGCUAGCAUGAGACUCGGUCCUGAUGAUAGGGGUGACAGCCUGCCUACUCUGGGAUCUCUCACUGUCUUCUCCUGGUCUCUGGCUUGUGCCUCACCUGCAACAGGUCUGUCUGUACAUCUGUCUGGGUUUCUGACAUUUCUGAUUUUCUCUUGCAGUGACAGAUCCGAUCAAGGAGGUAAAAUCACGUGGAAAAAGUCUCAGAUUCAAGGGGAGAAAUCUGAUUGUGGGUAAUCCAUGAGCUUCUCCUACAGGCUUCCCUGCUUGGCUUUCACUGCCUUACUUUAUUUCCCUCCACCUCCUUCUUAGCAUUCAUACAUGUAGGCCACAGAUAACAUACAUGUAUGAAUGCUUGUUUAGAUCAUCCCACACCCAAACAGAACCCUUCCCUUGGGAGCACAUGGGUCCACAUGACUGGACUGAUACCCACAUUCUUGUGCAUCACGUGCUUGCACAGGUACAUGUGAAGGUACAGUUUCCUGUGAAGGCAGGUGGGAACCUCUUUAUGAGCCAGUCUUUGUAAGAGACCCACAUGCCAGGAGAAGGACGUGGCCAGCCUUCGAUUUCUCUCAUCCACACGUUGCAAUUGGUCCCAGACCAGAAUUGCCUCCUCUGAAAGGGAGGUGUACCCCUCUGCCUUUCAAAUAUCCCUGUUUUUCUCGUUCCCUUCUUCUUGGGGGCUGUACACCUCCCCGGGUCAUCAAGUCUGAAUCUCAGCCAAGCCUGUUUCCUGCUAUGAGGUUUGGGGGUGGGGCAGGAGGGGAGGCCGACUGCAGAGGCCCCUGAAAUAAAGUGAUGCUAU